AAUUGAAGCAAAGUGGAGUUACGUUGGUUGGAGUGGUCCUUACCCACGCAGAGCAGCUGCUGGAACCUUCUACAACAACCGGAAGAAAACAACCAGCGAGGAGGAGAUGGAGAUUGACUGCCAGGCCGAGGAGUCCAUCAGUUACACGUUUGACGAGGACUCUGUUGGACUCUGUGACGUUAAGGACAUGAGAUUGGAGGCGGAAGCGGUGGUCAACGAUGUCCUGUUCGCCGUGGUUGAAAUGCACGUGUCGCAAAGUCUGAGCAACGCGUUGGACAUGGCCUACAUAAACGUGGAGACCAGGGAGAGGAACCGAUACUGUCUGGAGCUCACGGAGGCCGGGCUCAGGGUGGUGGGUUAUGCUUUUGAUCAAGUGGAGGAGAACCUGAGCACUCAGUAUCACGAGACUGUUUACUCUCUCCUGGACACGCUCAGUCCAGGGUACAGGGAAGCGUUUGGGAACGCUCUGCUGCAGAGGCUGGAGACGUUGAAGCAAAACGGACUGUAAACAGGACCAGGAAGUAUUUGGGUUUUAGCCUCUUAUACCCAAGUUCGGCCUGUUAAUGUGAUGUCCGACAGCCUAGCUGCCACUACAAUUAGGGCUCUGUUGACCCCGCCUUGCUCUGAGUUUCAUCAAAUUAAAUGACUUCAUAUUAGGGUUUUCUUUUUAGUUUUAGCUUCAGAUUAGCUGGAUCUGUUGUUUACUUUAAUGUGGAAGUAUCUUCCAUCCUGUGUUUAAGAGUUCUGCUUUAUUUCAGUUUUUCUCAUCAAAAUAAUGUAAAAGAAGCAUGUUAUGGUGAUAGUUCCUUCCUCUCUUUCUGUUAAUAAACAUUUUCAUCUAGUUUUUCUUCAUCAGCUGUUCAGAGCUCAAGCAGCUAUCGCCUUAAUGACUGACUUGUAAAAGAAACAAAUGCUCCAAUAAAUAUUUAAUUAAUUCAUAUUUACUAAGACAAAGAGGUUUUGUUUCAGUGCAGCUCUUGCUAAUGUAGGAAUGUGUUUUUGUUACAUCCUGCACUGUACAUUUCAUCUUUAGCUCACGUUUUAAGCUGUAAAAGUAGUUUUGUUAUUGGUAGCUUUUAGUUUUAUGUAGUUGGUGUAAAUCUGCAAACUGUUGAUGUUAAGUGAUAGUUUUUAAGAUUGCUGCUAACAUUUGUCUGUAACCUGGUUGUUGUUCUUUCUUUGUGUUUUGAACUCUGAAACUUACUUCCUCUGCAAAGUUUUCCUUCCUCAUUUUGUACCUCACGACCAA